CUUCACAUAUACUUCCAGGUCCAAUAUGUCGGCUUGUAUAUGGUAGCACUGCAGAAAAAAGGAGCUGAAAACAACUGCAGAAAUCUGCAACAAAGCUGGAUCCCACCACGGAAGAAACUUGUAGCAUGGACAUAGCGGAGCCAGCAGAGGACGAGGAGCAGCCGCUGGAGCCCCGGCCAUACGCUCGCUCUAACCCAGAGGGUGCUGAAGACAGGGGCGCUCCACUCCAGCCAGGGGUCGGCAGUCGCAGCGAGGGGGAAGGUGAGGCUGCUCAAGCUGAAGAUGUGCAACUGCCAGCUGCUGCUCCCCCAAGCUGCACCCCUCCACCACCUCUGGAGUUCCAGGUCAAGACCCCCAGAGUGAACUGCCCAGAAAAAGUGAUUAUUUGUCUGGAUUUGGCAGAAGAAAUGGCCUCUCAAAAGCUGGAAUCAUUUAAUGGAUCCAAAGCAAAUGCUCUCAACUCUUCCCAGAAAAUGAUAGAGAUGUUUGUCCGGACCAAGCACAAGAUAGAUAAGAGACAUGAGUUUGCCCUGGUUGUGGCAAAUAACGAGGCCUUGUGGCUCUCCGGAUUCACCUCUGAUCCCCGUGAACUUUGCAGCUGUCUCUAUGAUCUGGAGACCAACAUCUGCGAGUCCUUCAAUUUGGAAGGACUCUUUAACCUAAUACAACAAAGAACAGAUUUUCCAGUUACAGAUAAUGUGCAGACUAUACCUCCUCCAUACGUAGUGAGGACUAUCCUGAUCUACAGCCGUCCAGCCUCUCAGCCACCUCUCGCAUUCACAGAAGGCAUGAAGAAAAUGCUACAGUGCCCUUACUUUUUCUUUGAUGUAAUUUAUAUACACAAUGGAUCUGAAGAUGAGGAACUCAGCUGGAAGAAUGUCUUUGGAUUCUUCAGCAGUUUGGACAGUAAGGGCACCAGUUAUAAAUAUGAAGUCUCGAUAACAGGUCCAGCAAUUGAGCUCCAUAACUGUAUGGCGAGGCUGCUCGCUCACCCUCUCCAGCGACCAUUCCAAAGUCACGCGGCCUACAGUCUGCUGGAUGAGGAAGAGGAGAAGCCAGAGGGAGAAGUAACCGUCUGAUGAAAGUUCUCUCUGCAUUUGCCAUAACUCUAUUAAUAUCAUUCAAGAUGAUUAAAAUGAUUUUUUUUA